AUGGCGACACAUCUCCUCACCCAGUUCGCUACGUGCAGAGUCCUCCCCGACCCCAAAAUUAUUACGCAGAUGCUGGUCCUAGCUGGCUGUCUCCUGAGCAACAAAUCACGGUCAAUGCUCGCUCGAGGUCGCGUUCCCGAUCUCAUGACCGUCGUCGGGCGUGAGUUGGAGAGGCUCCGCAUCAAGAAAGAGCAUGAGAUACGCGAGAGGCGUUUGGCCAAGGAAUACCGAAACGAGGCCGAGUUACAGAUGGCCAAGGUAGAGCUGGACGAAAUCAAGCGCCGCGAAGCUCGAGCGGCAGAACAGGCUCGGCUAAAGGAGGAGCUGGAGCUGAAGCGCCUCAAGGAGCAGCAGGAAGCUGCUGAGGAAGAAAAGGCACGCAAGAAGGCAGAAGACGAAGCCAUUGAGCGUUACAAGAAACGGGAAGCCGAACGGAGGGCCAAGGAACAGAAGGAGCGUGAAGAGUCAGAAAAGGAGUAUAAGAGGCGUCUUCAGGAAGAUCUUAUCAACUCCGGGCUUGAUGAAAAGGCAAUUUCUGCAAUCAUCAAGAAUAAGAAAGUCCCGGAAGCUCAGGCUUCAGCCGCGUCAGCAGCCGCAACAGCCGCGUCACCUACGAUGAAUACCGUUGCACGCCCGACAUACACGCGCAUGGCGCGAAAACACCUGUCCAUUGAGACUCUCAGACAAUACCACAUCGAAUGGGACUACGACAUGGCGAAUCCCGAAUACGUCUUGAUUAAGCGUUGGGUACCUGAGUGGGAGCAGGACGACCUUUGGAAGCAUACCAAGAACCUGCGAAGCAGGCGUAAGAAGGGCCUGCUUAUCGAGGAGAGACUCCGUCCUGAAGAGGACCCCCAAUUCGAAUGGGUGCGCAAGAGAAGCCACUCUCGGAAAAGGAGCAAGUCUCCUGGCCUUCUAAUGUAUCUGGCUGGCGCUCGGCCGGCGUAA